UUGCGGUCUGCUUGUCUUGGCAAUGUCUUGAGGUUAACAUUGGACAAAACUCUGGCUGUGGGUAGCCAGCUAGAAAUUGAUGCCAUCGAUGGCACUGACAUUAUACCGUUGUCGAACACCUUGGCUGCCCAGUGUGGAUACAGCAUUGAGUCUGACCCUUGGGGCAACACCAAAGUCUUUGCAUCCUUGUUGGGCUGUUAUGUUGACAACCAGGUGGAUUUGGUGUUCACCCUUGGCCUGCGACUCCGAAUGUAUAGAGAUGGCCUUUCAGAGCAGGUCAAGCAUGAUGUGACCAAGACGUGCAGCUAUUCCCCCUGGGCCUCCCGGGAAAUUCUCUGUGACAGGAACUACAUGGAGGUGAGGCCUUUCUGAUUAUCCCUAGAUUUGGUUUUACUGCUAUAAUUUAAGGGGGUUACUAUUUCCUUGCCACCACAGGCCACAGUUGCUCCAAAUGGAAUCUGGAAGAUGACAUUCCACACCCCUGACCCCAAGGUCAUGUUGCUGACUGAUGCUCAGGAGGCUGGUUAUGGUGUGAUGAUGACACAAACAAGACUGGUGAUCCGAAGCCCCUACAACAUGGCAGAGACUUAUUCUGUAGAGGUGGCUGGAGUUCCUAUGGAGGUCUUCAGUGUGUCCACUUAUGACAAGAUUGGCAGUUUGCUUGUGGAUUCAGCUGCUGCCUGUCCUACUGGUGGUGUAGUCUUCACUGACAAGGUCAUCACCUGGCAUGUGCCUCGCCGCAUCACCCCGCUGAUUUCUAGUGCUGUUAAGAUUCUGGAGACACACAUGGGUAUCUAUGGACAGAGGCUGGACAAAACCAAGAUGGCUGCCAGACACUACAAGCUGUCUGUCACGGAGUCUCACAUCAUCAUUGAGAUUCCAGUGGGGUCACCCGACGGCUACUACAAGAGUCAUGCCCCAGAUUAUUCUUACCACAUAACCUACACUGUUGAACCGAUGCUUGAGUUGCUGUGGAGGGCAGAAAACACACAGGCUGACACAAGAUACAAAGUCCUCUUCCCCAUCACAACCCCUCUGAUGCCCAGGACUCCACAUGUUAUUGACAACACUGUUCCUGAGCAGAGAGUGUUUGAAAUCCUUCUGGGGACUUUCCUCCAUGAUGUGGAGCUGAUGAACAUCACCUUCACCACCAGGGUGUUAACUGUUGCAGAGUGCAAUGCCAGAGGCUUUGAUGUCCAGGAGCACCACUUUGCUAACACCUCCAAGACCUUCUCAAUACGAGUGCCCUUCUCAGAUGAAUUAGUCCUGAAACGAAACCCUGAUCCCCUUACAACUGUGUACUUCCUCCCUCUGGUCUUCGGUCUGCUGGUCCUGCCUGAACAAACACCCUUCCCCCACCCUGCUGAGCUGGAGGCCUCCCGGGAAGAUGUUGUUCUUCCCACAAUCACCGGCAGCUGCGACCAGGAGAGCUUCUACUUCUCUGUAAAAUACGGGAGCCAACAGGAUAACUUCCAGACCAUGAUGCUUCAUGCUGGGUCAUGGAGGGAGCUGGAUACUGAGCUGGCAAAGCUGUACAGUCUCACUGGCAACAGCACACACUUCAGUAUCAUAGUGCCCUUCACUGCACCUGCUGCAGCAUUUGAGUUGGUUCAUUUAAAAUCUAUCAGAGCCAGAGUGGACUUGCUGCUGUUGGAGAUGCCUAACAUGUGGCUACUCGAUGACCUUUCACUUGCCUGCUACUUCCCCCUGGCUACAACUGAGUGCUACUCCAACGGCACAGUGACUGCACUGGCGGUUAAGGUGGAAUCUGUUAGCAACUUGAACCCUGAAUACCUGACCUUGAGGGACCAGUCAUGUAAACCAGCCUUCAGCAAUGACCGCUUUGCUUUCUUCUCCUUCAAACUCAACUCCUGUGGCACCACAAGAACAUUCUUUGACAAUGUCAUGGUGUAUGAGAAUGAAAUUGCCUUGCCAUACAACACAGGCAAACAAAGUAGGAAAGGUCCAUUCACUCCAGAGUAUCGACUCACCAUCUCUUGCUACUACCUGCUCAACUAUACAAAAACCAUGGCAUUCCGUGCUAGCCCAAGGAGCACUGACCCCGUGGCAGAUCCUGGGGUGGGACAUCUGGUAGUCCAAAUCAGACUGUCCCAGGAUAGCUCUUAUGCCUUAUUCUACCAAACUGAGGACUACCCAGUGGAGAAGUACUUGAGACAGCCUCUGUAUUUUGAGGUGGAGCUGAUGCAGUCCACUGACCCUCAAAUAGAGUUGGUGUUGGAGAACUGCUGGGCCACACUGCACAAGGACAGGACUUCUCUUCCUAGCUGGGACCUCAUCAUUGACAGCUGUGAGAAUCUUGAUGACCUCUACCUCACUGUCUUCCAUCCCGUCGUUGCAGACACAAGGAUUCAUGUCCCAGCUCACAUCAAACGCUUCUCCAUCAAGAUGUUCACCUUCACCAAGGAUGAUGCAGUUCUGAAAGAACAGAUCUUUGUUCAUUGUGACGCAGUCCUCUGUGACACCACCAAACCUGAUGGCAUCUGUUCAGGCCAGUGUGCAAAGUCCCUGAGGUAUGCAAACUCUCACAGACCAACUGGCUCAAAAAGAGGUCUAAGAGCUGCAGAUGCCAGCCAGUAUAAGAAAAAGAUCUCAUCUGGACCUGUUCUUCUCUCUGACUCCAACUUGUUCUGGAAAAAAUAA